CAAGACUGUCUUCCCUCUGAAAAGCUUUGUCAAGAACCGCAGAUCUCUUGCCCUGCAGCCAAUUGUCCCAAGAUUUUUGGGUUCCAGUUGACCUCACAAAACUAAGGAUGAAACAACUAUUUUGGGGGUUACUUCUGGUGAGCUCAACAGUCUUGGCACAGGAAAGUGGUGGUGGCCGAAUCAUAGGCGGAUAUGACUGCAAACCAAAUUCCCGUCCCUUCCAGGCAGCCAUUGUAACUGGAAAUAAAGGCAACUGGAGGAUUUAUUGUGGAGGAAGCUUGGUGCACCCGUGUUGGGUGCUGACAGCAGCCCAUUGUAGAGCCAGACAAAGAGUGAAGGUGUGUUUAGGAAAACACAACCUGAAAAAAGUUGAACCAACAGAGCAGUGCAUGGAUAUCGCUGAAACUGUCCCACACCCAGGUUACAAUAAAAAGAAAAUGGACAAGGAUUACAUGCUUGUUCGGCUUAAACCCUGCGCCAUAAUAACCAAAGCAGUUAAUGUCACACGACUGCCUACCAAUUGCCCAAAGGACGGGACACGAUGUACUGUUUCAGGCUGGGGCACGAUCAAGUCACCUCAAAACAAACUUCCAGCCAAGAUGCAGUGUGCAAAUGUCAGCAUUGUUCCAUUCAAUCAAUGCAAUAAAGCGUAUUAUGGUAGGAUCACUUCACACAUGUUGUGUGCUGGAGUACCUCAAGGAGGCAUUGACUCUUGCCAGGGUGAUUCUGGGGGCCCCCUCGUCUGCAAUGGGCGACUUGAAGGUGUGGUUUCUUGGGGGAGGUUUGUGUGUGCUCAAAGAGGGAACCCAGGAGUCUAUGCCAAAGUCUGCUGCGUUGUACCAUGGAUUCAGAACACAAUUAAGAAGUGGAUACGUUCUCUCUAUGGAGGAUUCGAAUAGAAGGAAGACAAUCAUUUCUGAGAAAACCUUGGGAAUGAUUUGGCUCUCUAGCAAAUCAUUUUAUCUCCCCACAUUUCCUGGAUGGGUUUAGGGUUAGAAUCUGCAACUAUGAGGGACGUUUUACAUAUUAUGGUAUUUGGCCAAGGGCUCUGUGUAGCUGGGUCAAGUUAUUUGGUUGAUUUAAUGCAAAUUUGUUAUGCUAUCCAUUUUUUUCUUGGUUUCUCCUCCCGCCCCCCAACCCUAUCAUUCUGUAUUGUGAAAAGCGAUGAGAACAAUUUUGUCUUGUACAAGUAGACCUCAGCUUG